CCGGAAGGAUCAAGGGCCUGGAGACCUCUGGGUUUGGCAAGGUUGCCCCCACUGGCGCUGAAUAGGGCUAAUGUGGGGUGGGGUUUGGGUGGACCCAAAAAGGGGCCGAGCUGGGUAGGCAACUGCGCUCCCUAAGCUCCAGAUUGGCCAAGGGCGGAGUUUGACGUUUAGCGUUGUCUGGAAGCUUUGGGAAGCUCUGUGUGUUGUGGGUGGGUUUUGGAUAGAUGGUAAAGGGAAGUGUUAGGGGCUAUAGGAGCCCCUUCUGCCGAGAGGAGAAACUUAAGGGACAGGGCAUCAGAUGAGCUUUGCUGGGAAUAGGUGAAGGAGUGAACUUUGGGAUGAAGUGGACAAAAGUAUAGCUCGGUAGCACCUCUGGCAACUCAGGUGCCAUGGCCUUGAUCGAAGGCGUAGGCGAUGAGGUGACUGUCCUUUUUUCGGUGCUUGCAUGCCUUCUGGUGCUGGCCCUUGCCUGGGUCUCAACACAUACCACUGAGAAUACAGACCCCCUGCCACAGCCGUCAGGGACCGCAACCCCAGCACAGGCCAGCGAAGCCAUGGCAGCCACAGACAGCAUCAGAGAGGAGGCCCCAGGGGCUGAAAGCCCCAGCCUGAGACACAGAGGUCCAUCAGCACAUCCAGAACCUGACACCGAGGUCACAGCAACAGCACCACCUCCUGACUCCCUGCAGGAACCCCUAGUGCUACGGUUGAAAUUUCUCAAUGACUCUGAGCAGGUGGCCAGGGCCUGGCCUCAGGACACCAUCGGCUCCUUGAAAAGGACCCAGUUUCCGGGCCGGGAACAGCAGGUUCGACUCAUCUACCAAGGCCAACUGCUAGGAGACGACACCCAGACACUGGGCAGCCUCCACCUCCCCCCCAACUGCGUUCUUCACUGCCACGUGUCCACGAGAGUCGGUCCCCCACAUCCCCCCUGCCCACCAGGGUCAGAGCCCGGCCCCUCCGGGCUGGAAAUCGGCAGUCUUCUGCUGCCCCUGCUGCUUCUGCUGCUGCUCCUGCUUUGGUACUGCCAGAUCCAGUACCGGCCCUUCUUUCCCCUGACAGCCACCCUGGGCCUGGCCGGCUUCACCCUGCUCCUCAGUCUCCUGGCCUUUGCCAUGUAUCGCCCGUAGUGCCUCCACGGGCUUUUGGCAGCGUUGCCAGCCCCUCUGGACCUCAGUCCCCAAGGCGCAAAGGGAGCUGCUGUCUGCCCAGGCCCACCUCACCCGCUGCCUGCCUUUUCCCACUCCCCUGGAGCCCAGCCUUGCGCCGCAGAGGACUCCAGGGCUUAGCGGAGGCUUCUCCCUGUGAUCUUCAUAUCUCGGGGCCAUCAUCUGGGGCUGCUGGCCCUCAGCCUUCGCAGACAGUGGGUUCUUCUGGAUCAGGCACUUGCUGUCGCUGCCUUGGCCCGGCGCAAAGCUGGGCCACCCCACUGGGCCCAUCUUAGUGUGCUGCCAGAGGACCUAGGUACGUCUAGUUCCAAAGAGCUGCCGUGGCUGAGUUGGGGACCGAUGGACUAGGAGACUGGUGAAGGGGAGUUGAGAGGAGCGGAGCUGUUUUCUGGAAUUUGUGCAGAUUAAAGAAACUGACGUUUUCA